GGUGUCCUUGGGAUUAGAGAGCGGGACGUUCGGCUUGCGAGCGGGAACGGCUUAGUCGUACACGGAGAAAGAACGAUUUAAAAAUGUGUGAUGUUGAGAAGGGCAAGAAGAUUUUUGUUCAGAAGUGUGCCCAGUGCCAUACUGUGGAAAAAGGAGGCAAGCACAAGACUGGGCCAAAUCUCCAUGGUCUGUUUGGGCGAAAGACAGGUCAGGCUGUCGGAUUCUCUUACACAGAUGCCAACAAGAACAAAGGCAUCACCUGGGGAGAGGAGACGCUGAUGGAGUAUUUGGAGAAUCCCAAGAAGUACAUCCCUGGAACAAAAAUGAUCUUCGCUGGCAUUAAGAAGAAGGGAGAAAGGGCAGACUUGAUAGCUUAUCUCAAAAAAGCUACUAAUGAGUAAUAGUUGGCCACUGCCUUAUUUAUUAUGAAACAAAUGUCUCAUGACUUGUUAUGUGUACCAUAUUUAAAUUGAUCUCAUACACUAGAAUUCAGAUCAUGAAUAGCUGAUGUAAUAUUUCUGUCCUGAUUUAAAUAAGAUUGGCUUGUGGCUAAAUGAAUAUGGUCAGCUUUUUGAAUUUUGAUAGUAAUUCUGGUUCAGCAAGUACUAUCACUGUUUUCCCCUUCUAAAGAGAUGAUUAAACUUGAAUAAGGAAUGUUAAACUUUUCAGGGAUAUGGUGAAUGCCUUCUCAAACCCUAUAGGAGAUUGGUUUUAUAUUUAGAUUUCUAUAACUGGUUAUAUUAAUAUAUUUAAAUAUUGAGAAGCUCCCUUCACUGUCUCAUAGACCAGCAAGAUUCACCUGUGUUUCAAGUUGUGUUCAUUCACCUGUUAAGGCAAGGGCUGAAGAUACGCUGACAAUGUCCACUUUAUCUUUUUGGUCUUAACUAUGCCAAUUUAAUUAAAAUUCUCCAUCAAAAAAA